AUGAAGUCGGAAGAAUUGGUGCCGGGACUCGAACCACUUAAAGUGAAAGACCUACCGAAGUUCAUGACGAGUGAGCCGGUGGAGACAUGCAAGCUAUUGGAACUCAUGGUCCAAGGAACCAAAAGAGCACAAGCCGUGAUAUGGAACACAUUCAAAGAUCUGGAACAAGUGGAACUAUCCACACUAAUAAGUCGUGGUUUCCAAAAGCCACAUUUCAUGAUCGGACCAUUUCACAAAUACUUCCCAACAUCACCAUCAAGCAGCCUCCUAGACGAAGAUCAAACAUCCAUCUCAUGGUUGGACACCCACCCACACAAGUCUGUGUUAUACGUUAGUUUUGGUAGUCUAGCCAUGAUUGAAGAAUCCCAGUUCUUGGAGAUGGCUUGGGGUUUGGCUAAUAGCAAGCAACCAUUUCUAUGGGUGGUUAGACCAGGGUCCAUACGGGGUUCCGAGUGGCUUGAACCGUUGCCAGAUGGGUUUUUGGCGAGAAUUGCACUAGGAAGAGGGUAUAUUGUGAAAUGGGCUCCACAACAAGAGGUAUUGGCUCAUCCUGCAAUCGGAGGAUUUCUGACUCAUAAUGGAUGGAACUCGACGAUAGAGAGCAUCUGUGAAGGGGUUCCAAUGAUCUGUGCGCCAUGUUUCGGUGAUCAACCAGUGAAUGCAAGAUAUGUAAGCGAUGUUUGGAAGAUUGGGGUAGAACUGGAAAAUGGGUUGGAGAGGGGAGGGAUUGAAAGUUCAAUAAAGAGAGUGAUGGUUGAUGAAGAAGGGAUUGAAAUGAAGGAUCGAGUCCUGAAAUUGAAGGAGAAAGUAAAGGUUUGCCUAAAGAAAGGAGGUUCAUCAUACACAUCACUUGAGGAUUUGGUGAAUUACAUUUUGUCAUUUUAGUUGAGAAACAAAUACCCAAUCAAAACACACAUACACCAUUUGUAA